UUCGCAUUGACAAGUAAUAACUAGUAAGAGCAAGUGCCUAGUAACGUCGUUUCCAAUAUGGAUAGCUCUUUUGGUGUCGUUUCCUCCAUAGUACUAGGAGCACUAGUGAUCACUCUGAGCAGCUUUGGCUUUCAAGCUGAGGCCAGAGCUUUCUUCGUCUUCGGAGACUCUCUCGUCGACAACGGCAACAACAACUACUUGGCUACCACUGCCCGUGCCGAUAACUACCCUUACGGCAUUGACUACCCUACUCACAGACCCACCGGUCGUUUCUCGAACGGCCUCAACAUUCCUGACCUUAUCAGUGAGGCAAUUGGGUCAGAGCCAACAUUGCCAUACUUGAGCCCUGAGCUCACUGGUGAAGGACUUCUUGUUGGUGCCAACUUUGCCUCUGCUGGGAUUGGAGUUCUCAAUGACACUGGGAUUCAGUUUCUGAAUAUUAUUCGUAUAUACAAACAAUUGGAGUACUUUCAACAAUACCAAACAAGGGUUAGUGCUCUUAUUGGAGCAGAGCAAACUGAAAGACUUGUGAAUGAGGCAUUGAUUCUCAUCACCCUUGGGGGCAAUGACUUUGUGAACAACUACUAUUUGGUGCCUUUCUCCGCCAGAUCUCGCCAGUACUCCCUGCCGGACUACGUCGUCUAUGUGAUAUCGGAGUAUCAGAAAGUUCUUGCGAGACUAUAUGAGUUGGGAGCAAGGCGGGUAUUGGUGACAGGUACUGGACCAUUGGGAUGCGUCCCAGCAGAGUUGGCCAUGCGCAGCCCAAAUGGCCAGUGCGCGGUCGAGCUGCAGAGAGCUGCCGGACUAUUCAACCCCCAACUUGUGCAAAUGAUCAAUAGGCUCAACAGUGAUAUUGGUUCGGAUGUGUUUGUUGCUGCAAAUGCAUUUGAAAUGCACAUGGACUUUAUCUCCAACCCUCAAGCAUAUGGAUUUGUUACAUCAAAGGUAGCAUGUUGUGGACAAGGACCUUACAAUGGUUUAGGGCUUUGCACUAUAGCAUCAAACUUGUGCCCAAACAGAGACAUAUAUGCUUUCUGGGACGCAUUCCAUCCAUCGGAGAGGGCAAACAGAAUAAUAGUGAGGAAUAUUUUGGAGGGAGACUCCAAAUACAUGCACCCAAUGAAUCUCAGCACUAUUAUGGCCUUGGACUCUAGGACCUAGAGGAGAUAUUACUCUUUCUUCACUUGUUAAAUUGUCAAUUUUCACUUUGUCGCAUGUGUCUUGUCAUUGUUACUAUCACUAGGUUUUUUUUUUUUUUUUGGAGUGAAUUAUCAUCAUUAGUUAUUCCUCAAGGUCCGCUAGAAAAUUCCAUUGUGGUGUUUCAAUAAGUAAUGAAAUUAAGAAUGUCCUGUAUUUGUAUUUCAAUAAGCACUACUGGAAUAAAAAGAAAAUAAUAAUUUGA